ACCCUCUCUACUGUAUUCAGAUACGUGCCUUUGUGCACCAUUACGACGCGACCCUAAUGGCCUCGUAGCAACCCUAGAAUUGAGUGCUAGUAACGGGAACAGGGCAGCCCUGUUCACACCAGACAGCUCGUCCCCAAAUGCGUCCGGGACUGGCGGGUAUAGCGGUGGAGAUGCUGAGCGGUGCUACCUGCAGGGCCAGGCCGAGGCUUGGCAGCCUCCUGCUGGCCCCUCUCACCAAAACAGUGCCGCCGAUGUCAAGCACGGGAAGCCGCAGAUUUCGGUCCACGUCCUCGCUGCAGGGAUUCUCAGAGAUGGCAAGAGAGCGGUCGAAGACUGUCACGUCGUUUUACAACCAGUCCGCGAUUGACGUGUCCGCAGAAAAGGCCUCAGUGCGACUGACCUUAGCCACCCUGCUGUAUUCUGGAAAGUCUCCUGAUGGACACCACAUCUUGAGCAGUGCCAAGUACCUACACAAGGAGCUGCCUGUACGAAUCGCCCAUCGCAUCAAGGGCUUCCGCAGUUUGCCCUUCAUCAUUGGCUGCAACCCAACUAUUCUCCAAGUGCAUGAACUUUAUAUCAGAGCCUACCACGUGCUCAGUGAAUUUCCCCCGAUCAAAGAUCAGGAUGUGGAGGCUCGUUUCUGUAAGCUGGUGCAGCAGCUGCUUGAUGACCACAAGGAUGUUGUCACCAUGCUGGCUCAGGGCUUCAGGGAGUGUCGCAGACACAUCCAGGAUGAGGCAAUCCUCCGAAGCUUCCUGGAUACAACACUGUGCUCCCGCCUGGGAAUUCGAAUGCUGGCCACGCACCAUCUCGCCCUCAAUGAAGACAACCCGGAUUUUGUUGGAAUCAUAUGCAGACGUCUCUCCCCCAAGAAGAUCAUAGAGAAAUGGGUAGACUUUGCCAGGCGUCUGUGUGAGCACCAGUAUGGUAACUCCCCCAGAGUGAGGAUCAACGGACACGUUGCCGCUCGCUUCCCCUUCAUCCCUCUGCCUCUGGAUUACAUCCUGCCUGAGCUCCUCAAGAAUGCCAUGAGGGCCACCAUGGAAAGCCAUCUGGACACCCCAUACAAUGUACCUGAUGUGGUGGUCACCAUUGCCAAUAACGACAUUGAUUUUGUCAUCAGGAUUUCAGACCGUGGUGGCGGCAUACCUCACAAUAUUAUAGAUAAGGUGAUGGACUACCACUUUAGCACAGCUGAGGAGAGUGCACAGGAUCCACGCAUGAGCAACUUCUUCAACAACAUUACCAACAGUGGAAACCAGUCCAGCCCUAUGCAUGGGUUUGGUUUUGGCUUGCCAACGUCCAGGGCUUACGCUGAGUACCUGGGCGGCUCUCUGUCCGUACAGUCUAUGCAGGGCAUCGGCACUGACGUCUACCUGCGUCUGCGCCACAUUGAUGGCAAAGGAGAGAGCUUCAGAGUGUAAAGCUACCCGCUGGUCAUCCUUGUAGAUUCUAAUCUAGGAAUCAGGCCAUGCAGGAGUUCAGAGGGUUCCCCACCAAGAGGGCUGGCAUUGACUGCAGGACUUAAGUCCACAAAGUGAUAAACACAGUAUGUUGUCAGAAAGCUCCUUAACUCACCAACCUACUAUUUGUCCUUUUUUUUUUUUUUUUUUUUUUUUUGCCUUAGACUGAUUAUAAGCUAUGUUAGCUCUCAAGUUGAUGAUUUCAGUUGUUUUUCCUUUGUGUUUUGUACCCUGUGGCAUGUUGUCUUGAAGUUUAAAGGGGCGUAUAUGAACUUUUUUUUUAAUGUUUAGGUUAUCGGGACAAACCAUGCAUGAUAGUGGACAUCGAUGUUAAUGUGGAAGGAUAAAAAGAAAAAAAACGAGCUUCAGUUUUAAAGAAGUUCACCUCGAAGUUACAAAGCCUCAAAAUAAGAACAGCCGUUUUGAUGAUGAAAUGUUUCAAAAGAAACUUCUGAGACACUCCAGCAACCCUGUCAAAAUCUCCUCAAAGUCUAGAAAGCUGCUCAAAAGUUCACGAUUAUCAAUCCAGUCAAUAACCAGAUCCUUCCAGGACGUUAUCAGCUGUUAGUAUCAAAACCUAAGGUCUACAAGGAAAAACAGCAGCACAAGAGAUAUACUUAAAGGGAUAGUUUUGAUUUUUUUAAUGUGGGGCUUUAUGAAGUACUCAUCGUAGUUGGUGUAUUACCCGGAGGAGGUGGCAGUUAGCUUGGAAAAGCAGGCAAAAAAUCUGAACUAUCACUUUAAGCAUGUGCUGUAAACCUCAACUCUUGACAAACCAUAGUGAUAUUUAACAUCUCUGAGUUCCGCUCAGAAAGGAAAAACUGCCAAAACACCAAAAGCUCAUUAACAGAUUUCUGUCUUUCUGUUCUGUUUUGAUGAACGUCUUUGUUCAGCAGUAUUUUUGCGGAGCUUCCAGGCAGGGAAGCCACCUGAGAUGUUCAGUUGCCUUACUGUGUGAUGCUAGUCCUUCAACUGCAUGCCGAAGUUUCUUCUCGUUUUCUUUUUGUUGCCUUUAUCAGUUCAUACAGAUGCACACCACGUCAAUCAGCGUCAUUAGUUGGAAGUUUUUGCACAAUGAAUAGAUUUCCCGUUGUAAGGCUCAGCACCGAUCAUAGCAGCUUUUGACUUUAACAAUUUUCAGAGUAACAAUAUACCAGAGAAGUAUUGUCUAAUAUUGUCUUCUUUUUUCUGUUUUAUCUAACUUUAGAUAUUUUUUUAGAAAGUGUAUCCGUUGUAUGUCAAGUUUUCUGUCUUUUUGAAAUAAGUUGUGUAUAAGAAAACAUUUCAACAUGGGUCAAAGCGGGUUUCUGCACUGUUAACUAUGGAAGUUCGGAUCGGUGAAGGUUGCUUGUCAUUGUUUAGGUCCAUUUUCUCCAGAUCACAACUAGAUUGUGUAAUACCUCUUAAGAUUUUGCCACUUUUGCCUCCCCAUUCAUUCUCCAAUAAUAAUGUAUCUUUUUUUAUGUCUUUAUAGUUUUGACACAAUGUAUUGUACAAAUGGGGAUAACAUGGUUGCGCUCAGUUAGAGACAAAAAAAAGGAAUGGAAGUAGUUGUGUGAAAUUUUAAGUAGUUUAAGGGAGAAACCCUGCAAACUUUCACACAUCGAGAAAUCUGGCAAACCCAGUGGCAACCUCUGGGUCCUUAAGUGAAGCCAAUGCAAAAGUGCCUUAAAGCUACAUUCUUUCUAUCAGCCAGCAGGGGGCGCUGGUUGCAAAAAGAAGUCAAAUAGUAGAGAAGUCUAAGAGAAAGUGUCACUACUUCUCACUUAAUUUAUUACCUCAAUACAUGUUCUCAUAAGUUUAUGUUCUCACUAACUAGUUUCAAGUCUUCUUUAAUACAACAUGAUGUUAAUUUUGUAAAUGAUUGCCCCAUUUUAGAGUAAAAUAAACAAUAAAGUAGGGUAGUCACCUUGUGGUUGUCAGUUUGGUUUCAUCUUAGAACUUUGACCCUGUCACACUGUGUCACAUAUAAAACUGUUCUUAAACGAAAUGAAGAAAUAUUGAAGUUGUGAUCUCAAAAUAAGGUACCAACAAUGAUUAGCGAACCCUGGCCUUUCUGAGUUUUGAGUCAAAUUUUACAGUGCAGAAAAUAAGCAAAGUCAUGAAGAUAAAAAAUUUGCCUCAGCAGAUAACAAUCUCAAGCACUCCUCACAUUUUGUUGAACAUUCCCCAGAGGGCAUCAAGCGACAGAUCAACCUGAAUUUCUACUUAUCUGUUGGGAGCAUUUGUUAUUAUAUUAGUUUAGACUGUUAACUUUUUACCAGAAAGGACAUUGGGAAUCUUCAGCUGUAAUUGUUCAGAUGAGAAAUCUGUGAAUCACCAGAAGUUAGGUCAUGUUUUACAACUUUUGAUUUCUGGCAUGUUAUUAUUAGUGAUAUGAUUUGCCCAGAGUUGUAAAACACUUUAUUCUAAAGAUUUAUGCGGUUACUUUUGAGUCACAUAUAUUGUAUAGUCAACCUAAUGGAGUAAUGGGACUGUUUUUUUGUCUUUGAAAACCUAUAAAUAAUAUAAGAUUGAACUGUUUAAUAUCUUAAAAAAUAUAUAACUGGUUUACCUAGAUUUGCACUCACGAGCAAAAUGAGUUUACAUACAAAUGGUCAUUGAGUUAAAAUGAGCUUUGUGAAAAUAUAUUUGAACCAGUUAUUUCAAUUGUGAGAUAAAUCUGAUUUUAAUUUGUGGGAAGUUAUGAAAGAAAAACAACCCCGUUUCAUUCACAGUUCCAGAGAACGGCCUGUAUUAUCUCUUUGUGUAUUCUUGCUGAGGCCAUGUUUAUGAAUUAAUGUGAUUAUUGUGGCUUUGAAGGUAUUGAAGAUGUAGUAUAUAUGUAGCUUAUGCAUGUAAAGAAAAGAGGGGGAGAUCACACCACAUAGCUGCCAGAGAUUGGUAAACAAUGGGUAAAGGUUUGUGUCCCCUUUUAAGACACAUUCAUAGGUAAAUUAGUUUUUCUUCUAUUCCAAAAUGUUACUGGUGAAAUGUUGAGGGGAAAUGUGAUUCUGGGUUUGUCAUGGAAUGUGUACUGUCUGCCCUCUGCUGGUCUGAAAAGAAAACUGCAGGCAGACUUGAAAAAAUGUGAUGGGAGGGCUGGGGAUCGACAACAUUUCCAUUCUGUUUUCCAGGUUUCUGAUUUUGUAGAUUUUGCAGAUCAAAAUGAGAAUCAACGACAACAAUUUCAGCGUCAUCUCCAGUAAAAAGCCAGAUAUUGGAGUCAUGUUACUGACUAAAUGUGCUGCCAUGGAGUGUUUUGUCUCCUAGACUGAAAUUAGUUUGUCCCACCUGUUUUCUGUUGUAUUGAGGACUCUGUAGACAUUAAAUUUUACUUGGUUGGAAUUUUGA